AUGGCUACAGCAAUCCUUCUCAACAAGCCAGCGCGUCUGAUCUUCUCCGCUAACAAUAAAGAGGCUGAAAAAGAUAUCAAGAAAGUGAUGAAGAAAUUGCAGUCGACCCUCGCAAAAGAUGUUGAUAAUCCAAUAAGAAUAUCCCUACAAAGAGAUAAAGAUGACCCAAUGGACGUUGAUCCAAUGGACGUUGAUCCAAUGGACUUGGAUCCAAUGGAAGUGGAUACGAGAGUCGGAUGGACAUAUGUCAACCACUCCAACAAGCGGAAACAGACCUACCAGGCCAUCGGGAAGGUAAACCAGGAGGGGAAAAAUCGUGUAAUGACGGAGGUCAUCAUUUUGGUCGACGAUACUGCGAUCUGGCAUAAGAAUCUCUUGGAAGCAACUCUCCCAGCUUUCAAUGACCCAGAAGUAGGACUCGUCGGUACGCACAAGUCGGUUGUAUACCAGCGUCUUGAUACUUCGCCUCCGCAACCCGGAGACGAUGAGCCAGCCACACCUUCUGCAUUCGAUACGGCUCAAACGCAAGAAUAUUUUCCCGAACAAGAAAUACUGCAACCCGAAAAUAGUCACAGGCCUGAGGAUAUGGGCUGGUUGGAGUACUGCGUACAAUGGUAUUGGGCAGGCAUGUGGAACACCAUGGGCGCGCUAUAUCUUAUGCGCCACAGCUACGAGACAGAGGCAUCUAAUACCGCUGAUGGUGGUGUUUUUGCCGUGUCUGGUCGAACCAUGCUCGUCCUGGCUGAAAUAGUACAAGAUGCAAAGUUUAAAAAGGAGUUUUUAGAGGAAUAUGUUGGGGGCAGCGUCUUCACAUGGCUGGCAUGGCUUACCAGUUGGCAUGUCCCGUUAGCGGGAUAUUUACUCGCUGGAUUCAAGAGUAUUGGCCUAACGGAAAAGGGAGUCGGGCCAUUGCUUGCAGAUGACGACAAUUUCAUCACACGAUGGGUCAUUGACCAUGGGCAUAGCAUCAAGAUCCAAUCUUCGCCUGAAGCAACCAUGUCCACGUCGCUGGGAAACACCAGUGCAAACGCUGGAGUCGCACGACGUUUCGACAAAACCCAAUAG